AUGCACUUUUCUUCUGUCUCCGUUGCAGCUGUGCUAGCUUCAGCAGCUGUCGCAAAAUCCCUUUCAGAAUUAUGUACAGUUUCUAGUCUCAAAGCUGCUUUACCUUCCAAUGGAACAUUGCUUGGAAUCAAUAUGAUACCAUCUUCCAUCAAGGUUUCCACAGCCGUCUACAAUGCAAGCGCAAGUAUGGGAGGAGGCCCCAUGCGUCGCGAUACUGAAACCUAUGACUACUGCAACGUCACCCUCACAUACACUCAUGGCACCAAGGGAGAUAAGGUCAAUCUCAAGUAUGCCUUCCCCGACCCUUCCGAUUUCAAGAAGCGCUUCUACGUCGCCGGCGGGGGUGGCUAUUCUCUCAACACCGAUGCUACUGGCGGACUCAAGUAUGGUGCUGUUGCAGGCGCUACGGAUGGGGGAUAUGACGCCUUCAACUACAGUUUCGACGAGAAGUUCCUCUUGGGAAAUGGAUCCAUCAACUGGGAUGCGACCUACAUGUUCUCUUAUCAGGCUCUUGGCGAGAUGACUCAGGUCGGGAAGUACAUCACAAAAGAGUUCUAUGGUUUGACCAACACCAGCAAGGUCUAUACUUACUACGAAGGUUGUUCCGAUGGUGGAAGAGAGGGCAUGAGUCAGGUCCAGAGAUGGGGCGAUGAGUACGACGGCGUCAUUGCUGGUGCUCCUGCUUUCCGCUUUGCCCAGCAGCAAGUCCUUCAUGUUUACCCUGCCGCAGUCGAGCACACUCUCGAUUACUACCCUCCUCCUUGCGAGCUCAAGAAAAUCGUCAACGCCACCAUCGCCGCCUGUGAUGAUCUCGAUGGAAGGAAAGAUGGCGUCAUCUCUCGAACCGACUUAUGCAAGCUUCAAUUCAAUCUCAAGUCACUCAUCGGUGAGAAGUAUUAUUGUGCGGCUGAGACAAGUUCUUCCCUUGGUUUUGGCUUCAGCAAGCGACAGGCUCCGGGUAGCCAACAGAGCAACGCUCCUGAGCAAAACGGCACCGUUACUGCUAAAGGUGUUGCUGUUGCUCAGGCUAUCUAUGAUGGUCUGUUCAACAGCAAAAAAGAGCAAGCCUAUCUAUCUUGGCAAAUCGGCUCUGACCUCUCCGAUGGCGAGCCAAGCUAUGACAACGAAACUGAGAAGUGGACGCUAAACAUUCCUUCUACAGGGGGAAUGUAUGUUGCAAAGUUCAUCGAGCUACUCGAUCAGGAUAACCUCGACAAUCUUGAUAAUGUGACUUAUGAUACUCUUGUCGAUUGGAUGGAUACUGGUCUGGUCCGUUACUAUGACAGUCUUCAGACGACUCAUCCUGACCUCACGACUUUCAGGAAGGCUGGAGGCAAACUUCUCCACUACCACGGCGAAUCCGACCCCAGCAUUCCCGCCGCCUCCUCUGUUCACUAUUGGCAAUCUGUUCGUUCCAUUAUGUACCCGCACCUGUCAGACGUCGAGGCGCAAAAAGCUCUCACAGAAUGGUAUCAGUUCUACCUUGUUCCUGGAGCCGCCCACUGUGGAACCAAUUCACUCCAGCCUGGUCCUUAUCCUCAGAACAACAUGGAUACCAUGAUCGAUUGGGUUGAGAAUGACAAGCAGCCAUCUAGACUCAAUGCCACUGUUUCUUCUGGAGAUCACAAGGGAGAGACACAGAUGCUAUGCCAGUGGCCGAAACGACCCCUGUGGACCAACGACAAGAGUUUCAAGUGCGUUGAUGAUAAGAAGUCCAUUGAAAGUUGGACCUACGACUUUGAUGCUUUCAAGAUCCCUGUCUUCUAG